AUGGAGGAAGUAGAAUCAGCCCCGGAGUGGCUUAUACAGAGACUAUGUACUGAAAACGAGGAGCAGUUGGUGGUUAUUGCUAAAACUCUUUCGGGUAUCUGGUUUGCGAGAAAUAGAAGGAUGUGGGAAGGAAAGCAUCCCGAUUCAGGAACAACAAUGGCUUUGAGUUUGAAGCAGAUUACAGAAUGGCAGGUAGCUCAGAAGAAAAUAAUCACUCCUAUUACUGAGCAUGCAGCGUCAGUAUCGCAAUGUGUUAAGUGGGAACCACCAGAUAUGGGAUGGUAUAAAGUGAAUGUGGAUGCAUCUGUGUUCGAAGGACAACCAUCUUUUUCUAUCGGAAUGGUUCUGAGAAACGAGAAGAGAGAGUUUAUUGCUGGGCUGAAUAAAUGCCUUGCUGGUAACUGCUCAGUUCUAGAACCAGAAGCUACGGGGGGUGCAAAAAGCUAUGAAUUGGGUUGA